UGCAGAGUGGGUUUCUACCUGUUUGGGUGUUUUAUUUUAUUUUUUUCCCCCCUUCCCCUCCCCUCCCUCUUCCUGCCGUGUGCCGGGGGGUGGUGGGAUUGGUAGGGUCGCUAUUUCCCAGCCUCUCCAGAGAAAACUCGGGCAAGGGAGAGCGCCUUCAGGCUCAUGGAUGCAUGGGGGGGGCCCGCGCCCCGCUGGAUCCGCCGCCGCGGGGCCCGGCUGCUGCUGCUGCUGCUGACCGUGCGGCUGGGGAGCGGAGCUGAUAAAGCAGAUGAUGAGGAUGAUGAAGAUCUAAUGGUGAAUAAAACAUGGGUCCUUGCACCAAAGAUUCAUGGUGGUGAUGUAACUCACAUACUGGACUCCUUACUUCAAGGAUAUGACAAUAAGCUUCGACCAGAUAUUGGGGUGAGAACUACGGUAAUUGAAACAGAUGUCUAUGUUAACAGCAUCGGUCCAGUUGACCCAAUCAAUAUGGAAUACACUAUAGAUAUAAUUUUUGCCCAGACUUGGUAUGACAGUCGUCUAAAAUUUAACAGCUCAAUGAAGGUGCUUAUGCUUAAUAGCAAUAUGGUUGGAAAAAUUUGGAUUCCAGACACUUUCUUCCGGAACUCAAGGAAAUCUGAUGCUCACUGGAUUACAACUCCAAAUCGUUUGCUUCGAAUCUGGAGUGAUGGAAGAGUAUUGUACACUCUAAGGUUGACAAUUAAUGCUGAAUGUUAUCUUCAGCUUCAUAAUUUUCCUAUGGAUGAACACUCCUGUCCUCUGGAGUUUUCAAGCUAUGGAUAUCCCAGAAAUGAAAUUGAAUACAAAUGGAAGAAAACCUCUGUUGAAGUGGCAGAUCCAAAAUACUGGAGAUUGUAUCAGUUUGCAUUUGUAGGUCUACGAAAUACAACUGAAAUUUCUCAUACCUUGUCUGGUGAUUAUAUUAUUAUGACAAUAUUCUUUGAUCUCAGCAGACGUAUGGGAUAUUUUACUAUUCAGACAUACAUUCCUUGUAUACUCACAGUUGUUCUUUCGUGGGUGUCAUUUUGGAUCAAUAAGGAUGCAGUUCCUGCAAGGACUUCUCUGGGGAUCACAACGGUGCUGACCAUGACAACGCUGAGUACAAUUGCUAGGAAGUCACUCCCAAAGGUUUCCUAUGUGACAGCAAUGGACCUUUUUGUUUCAGUUUGCUUUAUUUUUGUGUUUGCUGCCUUGAUGGAAUAUGGCACCUUACAUUACUUUACCAGCAACAGAAAAGGGGACAAAGGAAAAGAAAAGAAGGCAAAAUCUAAGCCAUCAAAACCAUCUGCAAUUGCUGUUCGACCUGGAUCAACACUAAUUCCAAUUAAUAGCAUUAAUCAUCUUCCUGAACGUGAUGAUGAUUAUGGAUAUGAGUGCCUAGAAGGAAAAGACUGUGCUAGUUUCUUUUGUUGUUUUGAAGACUGCCGCACAGGAUCUUGGCGACAAGGAAGAAUACACAUCCGUAUAGCAAAAAUUGACUCCUAUUCUCGAAUCUUCUUUCCAACAGCCUUUGCCUUGUUCAAUCUUGUUUACUGGAUUGGCUAUCUUUAUCUGUGAAUUUCAGAGGUUUGACAAACUCAGAAAAGAAAAAUACUAAUUGAAUAGUUAUUAAUACGUUUAACUGAGCAAAGAUUAGAGCUGGUCCAAAAUGACUCAAUUUGUUUUUAUGCUUUAAAAAUUUGAAACAAUGAGAGGAAAUAUGAUGAUGUAGUCUCCCUCUUGUGAUCAACUGUAGAACUGAUACUGGUAUUUUGAAGAGGUAUUGUACUGGUAUUUUAAAAUAAAUAUCCCUAAGAUUUAUCUUUCCUGAACACACAUACAUUUUUUUCCCAGCUCUAAGAAAAUGCAGAAUCACAGGCUAUGCUAUUUAACUGGACCAUCCUACCUAAGCUUUCAAUUUUAAUCCUAAAUGAUAAUGCAGAAGGAUUUUGUAGCAUCUCUUACACCUUUACAAAGAAAGCCUUAAUUAAAUGGGAUUAGAUACUCUCAUCCAUUUCAUCCAUAAGGUGAUGAUUUUAUUAAUCCCUAAAUUUAAGAAGUCAAAAUGGAACAUUUCUCUAUUCAAUCAGCCAUUUGUUCUCUCCAGUAUGUUAAAAAGUGUGAUUAGAUGAUAAUUAAUCAAUUCAGAUUUAUACAGAAUGCAGAUACUAGAGCAGCAAGGAAUGGAUAUAGCAAAAUACCCAAGGAUAAUUCUGAGCUUGUCUUAUCCUGACCAUGGAUAUAGACUUUUGGCUUUCAAUCGUAGAUUACAUUUAUAUCUGUUCUCCAUUUCCUGUUACUUCACUGUUGUGAGUUCCCCGAAGUUGUCCAAGAGAUCUACAAUUUUCAGAAAUUCUUAUCCAGCUGCCAUUGCUUGCUCAUUCCAUGGAAAACAGACUGGUGUUGGCCAAGGUUCUGGCCAUUAAGCAUAACGACCUUCACAUACUCAGUGUUGGAGAAAAAGUCAUAACCCUACAUUUGGAAGAAUUUGUAUCAACAGAAGUUGGAAGGCCUGUAACAGUGCUGUGGUCAUUCUACUCAAAAUCACUGUGUGAAAUCCCCAGUCCCAAGAGCGCAGUGUGUGAUCUGGUCCACUUUACAUACAGCCUGGUUUUGUAGAUUUGGUUUGCUACUGCACAAUGCUGCUCAGUCAGCCAAAGCCAAGUGGUAUUAAUGUACUGAAUGUGUGGUAUGGAUUGCUGGGUAAUUACCUUCUUGAAAUUUGUUUGUUUCUAAUGGAAAAGAUGUGUUAUGGAGGGGGAAUUAAAAGAAUCCUUAUGAAUUGUAGAACCUUCUCCAAGAUGGGCUACAUCGCCCCAAAACCAUAGGACCAGUUCUCCAUCCGUUUUGUGGUGAGAGCUUUGGUAGAAAUCCUUCAGUAGUAGUCUUUCUGGACUGACUUUUUGGUGUUGACUAUUGCUGGCUGACAGCAUUUGAUAUUUCAUUUCUAUUUCUAAAUCCAUCGUCUUCAUUAUGGAAAAGUGCAGUCUUUCCUCCUUUCUCCAAAAGAAACUGGUCUCAAGUGAGCUUGCAAAAAUCGCUGUAAAAUUAAGAUAUGCAUUAAGUAAAAGUCAGCAUUACACAGAAGACCUUACAGAUCUUUAAAGAGGAUUAAUGGGAUUAGCAUUUGGCUGUAGGUAAGGAUGUUCAGUACUAAAGAUAAAGACAUGAUUAAUAGCUAAGAAUAGAAAAUAUUACAUGAAGGGCUCCCCGCUCCCCCCAAUAUUUCUGUAGAAUAUGCUCCCUCCUCUGAAUUUCUCAUAAAGGAUUACUGUAUUUAUAGUCUAGUUGGUAACAGGUAUAGUAAUAUAUGAUAUACAAUACACAUUUCAGAGGAAAUGUUACUCCAGUGUUCAGCCCCAAAGUUUAAUAGAGAAUGUGAGAUAAUGUGCAGUUGUACUGCAAGGAAGUGCGACAGAAGAUCCAAUUUUAAUGUAAACUUUAUUUCAGUGUUUAGCUGAUGAAAUAUAGGAGUGGUUGAGAGAAAGCCCAGAUGACGAGGAUGGCUGGCAUUAUUUGUGGUACCACCUUUCUGAGUACCAAGCUCUUCUGACUGUUGGACUGAGCGUAGAAUUGCAGUAUCAUUAACAGCAGUGAUCUGCUACAAUUUAUUGGUUUUUUGGAGUCUCAUUUUCACAAAAUCUUCAGUCCAAAAGAAACAUGUCAGUUUUAAUUCCAUAAUGUAGGUUGAUGCUUUUUGACAGCAUGUUGAACACAUUCCUCUGUAGGAGGGAUGAAGGUAGCUUCAGCAGUAUGUUGGAUAUGUACUUGAAGAGCAGAAAAAAUAUGAUAUGUGCUUGAAAAUCUAGCUCUGUGAUGCAAGCCCCAGAUUUAGUGAAUUCCUGAGCUUCAUUAAUCCACCUUUAAACAAAGGAAACUUGACACUUCACAAGAGGAAAUACCAAUUUCACAGCCUGCUCUUCUCUGGCUCAUCUAGUUAGCUUUUUCUGUUCUUGUGGUUGUCAGUUGCCAAUCAGCCUCCAGUGACUGAAUUGGAGAACAGAAAACAUUCAGAACUGGCAAGGGAUGGAUAAGAAGUCUUUUAUCUCUGUUAUCUCUGGAACAAUGUAAUGGAGUAUUAAAAAUAUUGGAUAUUAUGACUAUUUGGCUUAUGGAUACACUUGCUUCUGUCUGUUGACAAACUUUUCUGGGUACUUCAUUUGUUUCUGAUGAAAUAAUUUUAGUUUCUCACAGUACUGUGAGCACAAAUAGGAAUGAGGAUGCAAUGAACUGUAACAUGAUGUGUAAUAAAUAUGUUAUUUUAGUCCCAUGUAUUUUCUUUCUAGUCUGCAUGUAAACACUUGAUUUCAAGAAAUCAAAGCGAUACUUUAAAAAAAUAACAAGAAACAGAGAGUAUAAUUAAUUGGAGUUAGAUGCCGCAAUCAUUUUUAAAACUUCCCUGGAUAAAAAGUUUGUUUAUUCUUAGUUGGGAUGACAUUUUUUGGGAGUCAUAUUUUUCUGGCCAUCACUGCACAAGCACACACUUAAACAUAUUCCUAACUAGUACUGUUAUUAGACCAGAAUUCAGAAAAGAGAGUGCUUAUGUACUGUCAUAAAGAGUGAUGCUAUCAUGAAUUGAUGCCAUUAACACAUGCUUAAUUUGCACUAAUUUCAAUAAUGAGUGUUCAGUAGCUCAAAUAAUUGAACAUUAAGGAUGUGAGCCAGAGCCUUUUCAAUAAGAGAUUUUCUUAUUGAAAGAGAGGGACAUAAGAGGAGAAAUUGCUGUAAAGACAGAGAGUGGAAAAAUUCUAGGAAAACUGUUUUAUACUGCACCUAUCUUUGGCAUCUCUUGAAAUGUAUUUUUCAAAAAAGAGACUUUUCCUUGAUAUUUCUGUAUUAGUGUUUACCACUUGUCUGUUUUAAUAGUGAGUAGAGAUCAGUGUGUUAUUUUUUGGUAAGGUUCUGUCUAUGAUUGUACCUCACUGAUCUUCAGUGCAUGUCUUUUGUGUCUGAAUGAAUCUGUUUUAUGUAGUGGCAGUGCAACCAAAGCAUGAACUCUGGGUAAUGUAUUUUGUAUUCACACAUUGAUGUGCUUCAAAGACUUUAACCUUAUCCAUUUUUCUGUCAUUCAGAGAUAUAGGAUUGUGUAAGACUUUGAAGGAGAAUCACCUCCAACAGUAUUUUUAUAAUUUCCAAUUCUUUAUUUGGUAUGGUAGUAAAACAUUUGUUUAAAAUUGAUAUAUGAACUGUGCUUUGUAAUUUGUGAACACCUUGCAAUUGAAAGUGAACAGGAGGAGUCUGGAUUUAAAUAUCUAUUUGCCUAAAGUAAGAUAUGUUUCAUUUAAUUGUAUCGGUCGUAACUUCUGUCUACUGUUUCCAAAUAGAUAAGAACUAGUGCAAAUACAUUUUUCUGUAAGUAUAAUUAUUUUUUUAGAAUUCAUUGUAAUUUCUCUCACUUAUACCUUCAAUGUGAUCUUUCCUGUUUAUGAAAUAUUAUUGUAUUUUUUAGUCAUUAUAAUAGAUACAGAAGAUAGAAACUAAUGUAGAAUUCUACAGCUGAACAAUACAAAGCCAGGAAUCAGAGAGAAUUACCGUGCUUCUGCUCCUGAAAAAGCUCAGUGGAUGUCUACAUGCCUCAUGAAUGUGCUGGAGGGAGAGACUGAUUCACAGGGAGAGGUAGAAUAGUCUCCAGACUGUAGAAAAGGCUUUUGCAUUGGUUCAUGCCUUGGAUUUGCUACACAAGUGGUUCAAAUGGAGGAAAGGAAUAGAUCUGCCCUCUCUUUUUCAGUGAUCUCUUGUUUCUGCUUCAUUUCUGUCAGCAGCAGCAGCAGUUCUAAUGCUCUGUUGCCAGAUGAAACAAAACCUGAAAAAUUAUCUUUAUUUUACUCUUCGUUAGUAUUUCACACAGAUGGGUGGGAUCAUCUGUCUGAGCACACAAGAUUAUGACCAAGUUUUUCUCUGAGACGGGUGGUGGGAGUUUGCAGCUGGAGGAUGAAGGAUGGCUUCUUGUGAUGGGCAUUUUUCAUUCAGUUAAGAAUCUGCACUGAAAACUGGUGGGAGGAAAGGAAACAAUGAUAUAAGGGAAAGAUUGAUGGUGGCAGUGAUCCCAGAAUCAAGUUACAUGGAUCUGAGUGACUUAUAUUUAGUUCAUAGGUUUCUCACUGGUAAUUGUGAUAAUGCCUUGAUUUCCCUGUAACAUAAUUAGAUAUUUUCAAUAUUUUAAACAAAAAGGAAAUUGUCUAUUUCCUAUACAUUAACUACAGACUGAAUGUGCAAUAGAAAGUUAUCUUGAGUGAACAUUCUGGUGAAACAUCAGACAGAAAACAGAGAUCAGAUUGAAUGAGAAAAAUAUUUUUUUUAAUCUACAUUUAUUAUUAGAGAUAAAAUAAUUUUUAAAAUUACUGAGUAUUAAUAAGUGCAGUAGGCACUGGAAAAGGCCUAGUACCCAGUCUAAACUGCUGUUAGUCCCUUCAAGGGCUAAAAUAUUUGGGAAUAGAAACCUGACUCAGACUGGACUCAGUUAUCAUCUGCUAUUUCCAUCAGAAAGUGAGAAAGAUGAAUUGUGAUUUUGCCAGACUAGGAUAGCUGGGGUGCUCCAGGGAGGUUGGUUCCUGGUUAAAAGAAAGGGCCAUUUCUGCCUGAGACUGUAAUUUGAAACAUUCUUUUGUCAAAAGAUGGAUCUGUGCUGCGAUUUCCACAAAAAAAGCAUCCCUGCAUUUAGUAUUCAUCUUGGCACAAGAGCAGUUUCACUGAGUUGACUGCCCUGCCAUGGGGCACCGAGGUAUUCCCUGUGUGGUGUGGAAGAGUUGUGGUAGCACUCCUGGGCAACAUGUUUAAAUCCUGUCACAGGGAUCAGUCACAGUUGUGUUUUAAACGUUGUGGUGCUAGUGAAAAGGCAGUAAAUAAACUUUUGAUUUUACUUACUAGUAAAGCUCACUGAGAAAGCCAGAGGGGUAAUAAAAGCUUUGGUGGAAAUCUCAGAUGGGCCUUGGAGACAGGAGAUUGGCUAAAACUGAAGCAGACUGUAUAAUAAAGCCCUUUUUACCACAGAUGGGUCCUGUUCACUAGUAAUAUAUUGAUUCUGAAAAAAAAAACCUCUGAAAGCCUCAUGGUAUUUUAAGGGAAAAAAAACCCCUUGUAAAAUUCUUAUUCCCCUUCCCAGUGACAAAUCUUGCUUUGCCUGCAGAUUUUGCUUAUGGUACAUCAACCUCACUUAAGCUGUGUGAGGAGAGCCAUGUAAAAUGUUCUACCCUGUUCUUAGUUUCUUUUCUUAGUCAAGAAAAGAGGUUCAAAAAGGUAGGCGUAUGGCAUGUGUAAAUGAGGACAAUUUUUAUACUGACAACAGGGCCUGAGUCCCACUGACAGGAUCAAGAGGGAUGAGACUCUGCUCACAGUAAUAAGGCUUUUCUUUUUUAAUUCUUUGUAGUAGCUACUUUUCCAUACAUCACUGCAGGCCUACCUGAGAUUAAAAAUAUUUUUCAGGUUGGAAGUAAUUAUUUUGUGUGUUUCUGGCUUCAUGCAAUGUCUUUAUCAUCAGGGUUUGAGCCUUAAAUUAAAUUAAAAUUAAAUUAAAAAGGAAAGGCUUCAUCUUGAAGUUUCCUUGUCCAGGCAUUGCAGGUGGACAUGUCUUCUGCCAAAAAAUGGAAAAGUGAUUUUCAGUUUAUCCUUCUGAGGAGACAGACUGGCUCCCUAGGGUGGCAUUAGGAUUCCUAUGUCGUUUAGACCUGAGAAUGUUGAAGGCUGUUAAAAGCAAUGACAAGCACUGCCUCCACAGAGGAUGUAUUACUUUUGGCAAUUUGAUAUUUAAAAACAAAUUCCAAAACUGUUACCCUGUGUGGAAAAUGAGGAUGAGUCAUCAAUUUACUACAGAUAUAUAUUUCCCCUUGAAGUGUUUUUCUUCCUUAGGAAGAUGUUAUAAAGGAGUUUUUUGGCUUGUGAAAUGCUCACAUAAGAGGUGAUGGCCACUUUAAACAGUAAAGUCAUGUUAGUCCAUCUGCCCAAUGAUGGCCUAAGAACAGUAGAAAUGAAAGCACUUGCCCUAUAGUUCAGAUUUUCCAAGAUAAAUGUGGAAAUUUACAUAUUCAUAGGCCCAGUAUUAAUAUACCAUCUGUGUUCAUACUUCAGUCACUGAUAAAAAUCUCAAUGGUUUGUGCAUCUUCACAGUAUCUUUUGUAUUUCCUGCUGUUCACUAUAAACACUUGGACCCUUUGUUUGAACAUGAAGAGUAGUGUUAUGAUACCUCUAAUUACUCUUUAAAUUGCUAUAGAAUAUACUUCAGAAUCUGGUAAUCUCAUAGUGAUUCCUUUAUUUUAAAAAUAAAAUAUUUUUUGUUUAAUUUACUUAAGCAAAUAAUACUGCUAUAAUUUAUAUUUUCCUACAUUAAAGUUUUGUAGACAAAAUUGCAAUUUAUGGUCUAAACCAUAAAUUUACAGAAAUAUCUUUAUAAAAUAACACUUGUUGAUUUAUGAUGUGUCUCAGGAUUUAUUAUAUUGAGGGUUCAGUAGUCAAAUGCACCCUUAAUCCAAAUGUCUGUCUUGGCAUCUGUAGUUCACAUAAUGUUUCAGUUACUCAGACUUGGCACCUUACUAGUACAUCCUUGUUUUUUAUUAAUUGUUAAAAAAAAUGAUGAUAUUUUUACCUACUAUGCAUUUAAUUUGAUUGAAUUUUGGCACCAAUGGACAAUGUUGCAAUAUUAUGCAUCAGUGAUCCUUUUAAAGUUAUUUAUUAAUGCCCUUGUGGAUAACUUACUGUAAGAAAUAUGGAACAUAAGAUAAAUGUUGUAACUCUCUGUGCUGCUUCUAAAGUUAUAUAUAAAGUUCAUGAUACUGAAGCAAAUUUAUUCUUCCAUUUCAGUUUUCCUUCCAAAAACAUCCUCAGUUGUGUUACUAUUAUUAAUAUUAAUAUUAAUAUUAUUCUGAUAUUUACAAUUCUACUUAGUUAUUUGGUACUUUUCCAAAAGUCUUGGAAUGUACUCAUCCAUUAUUAUAUUCAAUUACCUGGAAACAUCAAGGUAUCCUCACAGUCUUUUAAUGUGAUUAAGCCAUGACUUCAGCAUCUCGUAAAAUGCCAUAAUCUUUUGUGUGCAAAGCCAAAACUAAAGCAUUUUCAGGUAUUAAAUUGAGUUUUACUUGCUUGAAAAAGUCUGUCUGUAGGGUUAUAAUGAAACACUGAUAUCAUCAUUUUUAUAUUUGACAACGUUAUUAAUGAGCAUGGCUGAACCUGAAGACUUCAGAGAUGAUAAACAGAUGAUGCUCUUGGCUAAAUCCCAUGUACAGCUACAACUUUAUGGAUGUAAUAGAAAUUAUAAUGGCCAUGGCAACAACAUAUAUAUAAAUCUAUAUGUAGACUGGUAAGCAAGAUAUGAGAACUUAUACAUCAGUUUCUGAUUGUCAUUUUAACAGGAUUCCUUCUGCCAAUAAAACUUGUGUUCUAAAUGUGACCAAAAAGGUCCUUAAAAAACCCACUUAGAUUUGUACAUUUAGAAUGUAGGAGUGGUUCAGAAGCUUAAAGUAAUUAUGGCUGUGUCUGAUGGGUCUUGUGGAUUAAUUUUCAAUUGUACUCCUUUUUACUGAAGAAGAAAGAGAGAUAGGCAAUGAUAUCACUAAAGGAAAACAUGGAAAUACCAUCUAUGUGAAUAGUAGAUUUUCAUAUAUAUAUGUAGGUACAUCUGUAUUUGCAGCAUAGAUGGAAAUGCUCACCAUUUUCAGAACUUUUGGUAUCAUGGUAAAAGAUUGACUCAGAGUUUUGCAUUUUUUAGUAUACUCUUAGUUUUGAAUGCCUCAUUUUCUGAUGUUCAGUUUAAGACAUGAAAGAAAAACAAAAAUCAGAUUUUCAUAAGUUUAGCCCUUUUAAAAAAUUAUCCCUUGAGCAUUCAGUGUCAAGUAUGUAAAAAAAGUAACUAGGCAUCUCUGAGUGUUUUAAAUAAGAUUGCUAUAGAAUGGUGCAGAAAGUUCAAUUAUGGUUCAAGACUAGAAUUUUGUAGCCUUUGGGAGAAUUUUCCUUUUUUCUUUCUUUUUUUUUCUUUUUUUUUUUUAAUUUUCUUGACAUCUGGGGAGAUGUGAAAGCAAAGGGAGGGAUUUCAUCCUAUGGUUGGUUGGUUUUGUUUUGUUUUCAGCAGCAUAGCUCAUGCAGAAUAGCAUAUCAGCUGCUAAAAGCUGAUUUUGUUGAAGUGCAAACGAGACUUUGAGACUGCUAACAGGAAUACUAGUAACAGGCUCAGGAAGGAGAUGUGGCCCUCAUUAUCAGAAGGGACUUGGCGUCACAAAGCUUUGGAAACAGAAAUUCUGAAGUGAGAUUAUGAGAAAGAGUUGGAUUAUAAGGACCUCUAGAGAAAAAAAUCUCAGAAACCUUUUGCCAGAAGACUAACAAUGGUUUGAAGGAUAGGUUUUACAGUUCAUAACUCUACUGUGAAUGUUAACAUCUAUUGAAUUUUCAUAUAAAUGUUGCACUAGUCCUUGUGCAUUGAAAUGAAAUGUGCUUGCACCCUGGUGCAUGGUUCAUACAGAUGUUACUAAAAUGUAAUCUGUAAUCUUCUAAAUGUAAAACUCUGAAAGCCAUAGUCUUAAAAAAAAAAAUUAAAUUUAUACCCCACCAUUAAAUAACAUGUGUUCUGUGCAAAAUGAAUAGAUUAGAUGUUUGUGCGCUGAUGUCUCUGAAAUUGAUAAGAAUCAAUUCAACACUGAAUUUUGUAAAGCAGUUGUAAUGCAUUGUUUUUACUGUAUCUGCUGUGAAGUUGAUUAGUUACACUGUGAAAAAAUAAAUAGUGCCUGGCUACUUAGUUUCUUAUGCUAUUUAUUUUCUAUAUGCCAUACAUUCUUUUCUCUGACAAUGUCUUUCUCUGACUCUGUCUUUUCUUGACAAUGGCCAUUCUGGUGGAAAUAGUUUUAUAAACUGCUCUGAUAUAUAUCAAUCCUUUAUUUUCUUUAAUUUUUUUCCUUCCCCUCCUUCCUUUCCCUUCCUUUUUCCUUCCUUUGAUAAUAAUGUAAAAACAAUACCAGUAAUGCCAUAACAAAAAUAAAG